UGUAUUGCAUGCAAAACUUCCUGAACCAGAGAGCACAGUCAGCAACAUGAAAACGAUAACCGAAGCCAAGCCACUGCUCCGCUCUCUGAUCUCCUGUCCAAAGGGCAGGUGGAAUCCAGCGGUGCAGUACAAACAAAGUGUGCAGUUAUUAUUGCUGAAAGUGACGACAAGUCCAAACAUAGCCAUGGCGGAGAACGAAGAAUGGGGAAAGCCUGUGGAGAGAAGAGGGAGAUUAACUGUGGUCCUGGCAUUGGCAACACUCGUAUCUGCAUUUGGUUCAUCAUUCCAGUAUGGUUACAAUGUGGCUGUGAUCAACUCUCCAUCACCGUUCAUGCAGCAGUUCUAUAAUGCCACCUACCUGGAGCGUUACAGCAGGCCAAUGGAGGAGAACUUCCUAACUCUGCUGUGGUCUCUCUCUGUAUCCAUGUACCCACUAGGAGGCUUCUUUGGCUCUCUGAUGGUGGCCCCUCUGGUCAACAAACUAGGGAGGAAGGGCACCCUCCUCUUCAACAACAUCUUCUCUAUCGUCCCUGCAGUGAUGAUGGGAGUCAGUGAGAUUGCCAAGUCCUAUGAGAUCAUCAUUGUGGCUAGGUUUAUAGUGGGCAUCUGUGCAGGUCUCUCAUCUAAUGUGGUGCCCAUGUAUCUGGGAGAACUCUCUCCCAAAAACUUAAGGGGGGCCCUUGGCAUCGUACCACAGCUCUUCAUCACCAUUGGCAUCCUCAGUGCACAAGUGCUGGGCAUCAGAAACAUACUGGGCAACACCACAGGUUGGACCCUCAUGCUGGGUUUGACCGGUAUUCCUGCCCUGAUAGAGCUCCUGCUGCUGCCCUUCUUCCCAGAGAGCCCCAGAUACAUGCUCAUCCAGAGAGGAGAUGAGAAGACAGCAAAGAAAGCACUACAGCGUCUGCGUGGCUGGGAUGACGUGGAUGCCGAGCUGUCAGAGAUGCAUCUGGAGGACCAGUCGGAGAGGGCCGAGGGCCACCUGUCUGUGCUCACCCUACUGUCCCAGCGCUCCCUUCGCUGGCAGCUGGUCUCCAUCAUCAUCAUGAACAUGGGCCAGCAGCUGUCGGGGGUCAACGCGAUCUACUACUAUGCAGACAGCAUAUAUGCCACUGCAGGAGUCAAGCAGAAUGAUAUCCAGUACGUCACUGUGGGAACAGGUGCAGUGAAUGUCUUCAUGACCAUAGCUGCUGUCUUCAUCGUGGAGGCCACGGGACGACGGCCGCUCCUCCUCUGUGGUUUUGCGAUCUGCUGUGGGUCCUGUGUGCUGCUCACUGUCGCUCUCAACUUCCAGGCGAGCGUGACGUGGAUGCCCUACGUCAGCAUCGCCUGUGUCAUCAUCUACGUCAUUGGACAUGCCAUAGGACCCAGUCCCAUUCCUUAUGUGGUGACCACUGAGAUGUUCAGGCAGUCGGCCAGGCCCGCUGCCUUCAUGGUCGCAGGCUCCAUCCACUGGCUCUCCAACUUCACUGUUGGCCUCGUCUUCCCCUUCCUAGAGAGAGGUCUGGGCUCCUACAGCUUUAUCAUUUUUUCCUUCAUCUGUCUGGUCACGCUGGUCUACAUCUGGCUGGUGGUCCCAGAGACCAAGAACAAGACCUUCUUGGAGAUCUGCCAGAUGUUCGCCAAGAGGAACAAAGUGGAGAUCAAACUGGGUGAUGGGGAUGUACCACUGAAAGAGAGCAAAGAAAGCCUGGAGGAUGCAGUGAGGGUCACAGCCUUCUGAAGAAAAAUGAAAGCAUUCAGAGGAGAGGAAGUCUUCACUCUGGGGGUAUUGUAAUGGACUGGAAAUGUUUUAAUUUAGCCUUUAUUUUUUAUUUUUCAAGGAAUCGUGGACACAAUGUCUUUUUGUAUAGAUUGUUUGUGGCUACUACAGGAAAAAAUAAAAGAUCUUUGUGCAAUUCAA